UCGAGGCCCUGGCCACCCCUGUAUUUGGAGGAAAAGUGUUCUCGUCCCGCCCUCGUCGCCUUAUGCAACACAGAACCCGCAUCUCGUGCCUUCCGCCACCCUUGGCCAGCGCCAACAGGCCUUGAGACAAGUCUCCGCGCAGACGAGACAAGUACUAGUUCACCUCGCGGGCUUCGACAAAACUUCCAGCUUCUUCUGGCACCAGGACAAGUAAGCAGGGAACUCCAGCGGGUGCCAUGAAGACGGGGGUGACGCUUGCGUGGGCUCUGCUGGCUCUGUGCGCCCUCGCGACCCAGACGGACGCCCGGACGCACCGCCGCGGCCGCCAUCAUCGCUCAUGGCGGCGCUCGAGGGAUUACAUCCACGAUAUCAUCCUGCCGUGGUCCCGGUGGAAGCCCUGGUGGUCAGAUUGGUUUUCGGGAGACAGGGAAGGAUGGUGGUCAGGGCCCAACGUCUGUGAGACGAAGGAGGGUGACGCCGAGGCGCUGCCCGGUGGGGAAGACUUCAUGCUGAAGAUUAAGGAGUGCGGCAGUGGAGACGACGGUUCCUACAGGUGUACAUACAGGGCAGACGACUUCCAGCAGAAGUACAGCGCCACCAUCACAUACCGCUGCUGUGCCGGGUUCGCCCGCCAACAGGGCAAGCCUGGCUGCCCUCUCAAAGUAGCCGAGCUGAAGAAUCUACUGGAUACUGCACAAGACCUGGGGCUGUCGGAGUUCGUGUCUUACGCGGGGAAGGCGAAGCUGGAAGGCGCCCUGACCGGCCUGAACAACUUCACCGUCUUCGCCCCCACCGACGGCGCCUUCCAGUCCAUCCCCACUAGGGUAAUCACUGAUUUCGAGUCUCCCUCAAAAAGGGCGAUCCCGGAAAGGGGCGACACCCCAGCCCUGACCCUGGACCAGCUGAAGGACACGUUGUUGAGUCACGUGGUGUCCGGCUGGCUCACGACUAACGACAUCAAAGAUGAGGAGAUCCUGAGGACCAUGGGGCCGGGAGAGAUUCGCACAACGGAGUACCAGAACAAAAAGAUUGUGAACGCCAACUGUGUGAAGAUCGUCCGGACGGACCAGCUGGCCAGUAACGGCGUCCUGCAUGUGGUGGACGGCAUCCUGCCCAACACCAAGAGAUCCGUGCUGGAGAUCAUCAGCCAGGACAGUCGCUUCACCACCCUUAAGACAGCCUUGGGUAAGACUGACCUGUCCAGUGUGCUGGACUCGGACGGACAGAUGACCGUCUUCGCUCCCACGGACGCGGCCUUCGACGGCGUGCCCGAGGAAACCUUGAAGAGGCUGCUGGGAGACGAGAGAUGUCUGAAAAAUCUGCUGUUGCAUCACGUGAUCCCGCACACCAUCUGCGCAGACGCAGUGACGGGCAGACACCGCUCGGUGUCCAUGGCUGGGGAGGACCUGAAGGUGGAACGGGACUCGGACGACAAGAUAUUUGUCAACACCGCCCAGGUCAUACAAGGCAAUGUUAUGGGCUACAACGGUGUUGUUCACGUCAUCGACAAUGUUCUGAUCCCAAAUAAAGCGCGAAACGUCAUUGACGUCCUGAGCGCUUCCGGGGCGAGUCGCUUGGUGGAGCUUAUCGAAGUCGCCGGCCUGACGGACACCCUCCGUUCUCAGGACAACAUCACCAUCUUCGCCCCCUCCGACCAGGCAAUCCAGGAGUUGCCAGAGGAGACAGUGAAAGCUCUCACCAGCAAUCCGGCGGCCUUAGCUGAGGUGCUGCAGUACCAUGUGGUGCCGCAAGCGGCGUCCGCCAAAGAUCUACGGAAUGGGGCCAUGCUGCCGACUCUAGGGUCGUCCAACAAGCUGCAUGUUUCAGUGAAGGACUGGUUCUUCCACACCAUCGUGAACGUCCAGUGCGCACGCGUCGUGAAAGCCGACCAGGGAGGCUGCAACGGAGUUGUUCACGUGAUCAACAAGGUCCUGGCGCCGCCCACCCAAACCCUGGCUGACUUACUGGACGGUAACGAGACGUUCAGUAUCCUGGUGAAGGCCCUGCGGCGGGCGGACCUCAUCACCGCCCUGCAGGGGGACGGCCCCGUCACCAUCUUCGCGCCAACCAACGAGGCCUUCAAGCGCAUCCCGGACGACACGCUGGACAACCUGCUGGAAAACACCGAGGCGCUCGUCAAAGUUCUCAAGCACCAUAUCGUGGACGAGUUCCUCUGCUGCGAUUCUUGCUUCAGCCGUCGCGGGAAGUUCCGCCAGGUGUUCCGGAGGUCGCAGUUCUCCUACUCGGCGCGUGGCGGCGCUUCUGUCGCCAGCUGCGACACCUUCGGGACCAACGGCGUCAUCCAGGUCAUCGACCGCGUUCUACGCCCUCCCGGCGUGCACUUCAACAACUUAGGACCGAUCGCGAUGGAGAGGGUCUGCACUUGGGUGUUCCUGGCGGCUGCCGCGCUCGUCAGCGCAAUCCUCGCCGCUCCUCUAGCGCUGAAAAGUGUGCAGGAACUCACGGUCGAAAAGACACCUACGUGUAAGGACGGAGACGUGCCGGCGGCCGUGCUGUUCAAAGCUGCCGACAUGCGGUCGGAAACAGACCGGCGGCUCAAGACUAUUCGGGCCGAGAAAGAAGUCCUCCACGCUCAGCUCUGCGGGGAUUCCAACAGCGGCUUCCUGGAGAGCUUGGAAGAUGCUAGACAAGAAACGGCAAGGAUGAUCGAAGCCAACAGGAGGCGCUGCGAGGAGGAGUUGAUCAGCAUCAUUCCAACCAUGACCAGGAGCGUCAUCAACCUAAACUUGUUGGAGGCCAUCCGAAGGGCCAUGCGCACUGUCAUCGACGACCGUUUCAACCCCCCAGACGAGGUGACACCAUCACCCAUUCAGGACAGUGGAUUUAGGCCCCCUAUCCGCUUUCGACGGGCUCCAGUGGCGGAAGUUAACGUCAUCGACUACUCGCACCUCUGUCCAACCGGGGUGGCGACGUCCGAAGCCCUGCUGGCGCUGGGAGAGGCUAUCGGGCGGUCCGCGAUGGAGUAUGACGAAAUGCGGCAGAUCGUGGUGGACAUGAAGGCGGGGAACUGCCCAUCCAGCAUCGACUUGGAGGCGGCCGUGGAGGGCAAGGCCAGCGAGCAGCCCGCCAAACUGCCGGUGGACUGUGGUGACAUGAAGCGGGUGGUACAGAUGUACAUCGACUCCUUCACCAAGCAGCUGCCGGAAGUGGGCAAAACUGUGGGGGACAGCCUGCUGGAAAUGCUGCCCGAGGAAGAAUGGUGCACCGGGUUGGAAAUCGGCACCACCUGCUACUACUUGACGGGCUCCCAGCUGCCGUUCAGCCUGGCGCAGUCCAACUGCGAGAUCAACGGCGGGAGGAUGGCCAUGAUCAAGGAUCCGUCCAACUUUAACGCCGUCCGGUCGUUCCUGAUGUCCCUGUCCGUCGGUGAUGUCUGGAUCGGGGCGACUGACUACGAUGGUGACAUGACGUUCACCUGGCUGGACGGCACACCUAUGGUCGAGGGGGACUGGGCAAGCGGUGAACCCAACAAUGCUCAGCAGAUGUGUGCUCAGAUGUGGAGAUAUGCCCGCCUGCAGUGGGACGAUGACUACUGUGAUAACCACAAGAACGUCCUGUGUUUUAAAGAAAAGCCACAAGAUUAACAACACUCCCAGUCAGAUAGAUCAGACUCAUCUGAGGAAUGAUCUUGUUGAUGAGGCUAUGUUAGUGUGCCGCUUGUGUGUGUGUGUUUGUUUAAGUGUGAACAGGAUGACUUGAUAAGACUUUUUACCAUCUUUUGUUGUUUGUUUUGCAUAACCAGUAAACCACCUGCAGUCAUAACACACCAGUUUUGUGAAGUAGCUACCAUCUAGGUAAGAAAGGUCUGUAAGGUUUGAUCCACUCACACUGGGAAAGACGCUACUCUUUUCAAUACAUGCAGUGAAUCUUAAACACACUUGAGGCGUGCCUCUUUUCAAACACAGGACCUCCAGCUUCAAAUCCCAUCUAAAAGGACGUCUAUGUACUCAUUUUAACCUGAUUUGAAUGAAGAAAAAGUGCCUGUCACAAUGGCACAACAUUUGGGCCUGCUAUAGGGAUUCGAACCCAGAACCUUAAGAUUGUAAGUCAACAACCAAUCCUAACCACCAAGUGACCUUACUAAAUAUAUGUAGGAGAUUAGGACUAUGUUUGCAUAGAUGAUCAGGAAAUAUUGUAAUAAAAUGACUGUGAGUCAAUUCACCUAAUGACCAUAUGUAUAUGUGUGUGUGUGUUGAAGACUAACAUUAUUUUGAUCACUGUGACUUUGAAGAUUUUUAACUAUUUUUAACUAAUAAGUGUGUUUUGCAAAUGUUAUGAUUUGAAGCAAACAUACACGUAUGAACCUAUCAUGUGGAUCAACACAGGUUAGUGUAGUCAAUAACAAAUACAUGUUAGCACUCAACAGAUUUUGAUUUGUCAACAA